CCAGUAACUUGAAAAACAAAACAAACUCCAUUAAUUCUGUUUAAGGUGCCUUGCUUGUUUAAAAAGCUUCCCCUGGGCUUGUUUAGCGCAUGCUCAACACACCUAAAAGCUGCCAAUAGCCCGGGGGCAGGUGCUGAGUCAAGUGACAGAGCUGAAUAGGAGCUCCUGCUUUUACCUCCUCUGACUACAUGCUGCUGCUUUCUGGUAAGACUUUUUCUGCUGCGAUAGUCCCUUUGCACUCAAGCACUGAGAUUCCUCAUGGAGUAUAAGUCUCAAGUCUUUGCAGAGUGACCAUAGCCAGUUCAGUCAUGAAUGCAGGGGACAUUCCUUUGCCUUGCUUUUGUCCAGAGAGAACUUUUAGUCCACUUUAGGUAAACAGUGAGUGAACAGGCAUUCUGCAAUCUUUUCCUAAGUCUGGGAUUUUUAGUACUUGUACGUCUGCAGCAGUUUGGUAACCAUACUGCAGAGCAUAAUAACUUGCUGGACUAUAUUCUGUUAGAGAACUCUGAAAAUUAAUGUUUGUCCAUUGGAGAGAUGGCUACUUUUGGGAUGGAAGAUCAUUUAUAAGUCUUUUCCAAGCCAGUUUGGGAAUUUUGAUUAUUCAGACUCUCAAGCAACAAAGAAUAUUUUCUCUGUCUUAAAAUAGAAGCAUGUUCCAACCUGCACCAAAGAAAUGCUUUACUAUAGAGUCUCUGGUUGGUAAAGACAAUAGCUCAGCAGGUGGAGAUGAGCUGGUGAGACCUACUGCAUUAAAGUUUCCGGGCAAUGUUCACCCACCGAACUUUGGGACAUGUUUCCAGAACACAGGAGUCAGUCUCUUCAGCAACGCCGAUUUGAUGUUUCCUGAACCAGUGGCCCAGACAGCCAGCCCAGCUCUCUCAAUACAUCCUAGUCACCUUCCAGUGCAGCCUUUUUUCUCACCCCACCAGAGGGAUGCUUUCAGUUUCUACCCCUGGGUGUUGAGGAAUCGAUACCUGACACACCGAUUCCAAGGUGAGGAAAAUACUGCAGAUGGUUUGAUUCUUCAUGGUCCAUUCUCUAGGAAGCCAAAACGGAUCCGAACAGCCUUUUCGCCUUCUCAGCUCCUUCGACUGGAAAGGGCCUUUGAAAAAAAUCAUUAUGUGGUUGGAGCAGAGAGGAAGCAGCUUGCUAACAGUCUUUGUCUAACAGAAACACAGGUUAAAGUAUGGUUUCAGAACAGAAGGACCAAGCAUAAGAGGCAGAAAAUGGAAGAAGAGUCUCCCGAGAGCCAACAAAAGCGGAAGGGCAGUCAACAUGUGAGCCGCUGGAGGCUGGCUACUAGGCAAGCCAGCCCUGAGGACAUUGAUGUCACAUCAGAGGAUUAAACCAGAGAAUAACCACCCUGUCAUGGAGAAAGUAACAAUUAACUCUGUUCCUAGCCAUAUCUAUUAUCAAUACAAAACUCAAGAGGAAAAACCUGAUAUAGCCCUGCAGAAGGCAAGUCCUGCCAGAAUACUCCUAAAUGUUGGGUGCAUAUUCAUCAACCAACUCUUGGUCUCCCUAUUAACAGAAAAUAAAAGCGGAUGCAGGCAGGAUACAAGGACUUCUGAAUUUUACAGGGCUGGCUGUAUGACAAAAGUCAUUGCUAACUUCUUCACUGUAGAUGUGCAGAAUAGAAACCCGGUGCCCCAAGGAAACUAUUGCUGCAUGAGCAGAGAUGAGAAGAAUUAGUAAAAAAAACUCUGUAAACCUGGGAUUGAGAUCAAUGAACCUUGUACUGUAUAUCCAUGUACAUAUAUGUCUUAAAGCCUUUCUUCUGUUACAGCCAUGCAAAUAGCAAAUCUCAUUCUGCAUCAAGGCACAAGACACAUUUCUCUGACACUAGACCUUAUACUCAAAUAAGGCGACAGCCAUCUGCAGUGUGUGUGUGUGUGUGUGUGUGUGUGUGUGUGUGUGUGUGUGUGUGUGUGUGUGUGUGUGUGUGUGUGUUUAGGCAUGUGAGGGUAUAUGUACAGUGUAUGUGUCCAUAUGUCUUUGACAGGCAAAAUAUGCUAUAUAUGGCUUUAUGCAGAAACACUGAGAUAUUAUUGUGUUUUAUUUGCAGUAAAUCUAUCACACAUAGGUAAAAUAAUUACCUAAUACCAUGCUUCUCUUGGUCAUUUACAGACAACACUGUCAGUAAAAAACAGCACUAAAAUCUUUAUGUUCUUGUUCCCUGACAUAACAUAUUGUAUUGAAGUGAUAGGAUAAUGUGAGUGAAACCUUAACUGCAUACAUUUGCCCUCACAGUGCAGUUGACAUGGCACAAGACCUCCUUACAUAUUAAGGACACAGUUCAUUUGUAUUUCUCUCUGUCAGCAGUACUUUUAUUCCCCUGUUUCUUCUAGUUACGAUACCCCACAUCUUUUAUGGUUUAUCUUAAAGCUAACAUUUCCCAAAGAUUUGUAAAGCAGGAUUUCUACAUCCUACCACCAAAAAUGUCAGAGUUUACUCAUGCUGUGCAUGACUAACAGAAUGCAAGAGCAAGGAGAACUCCUUAUUCUCCUAUACAUGUAAAGUAGCACGCAGGACCUGCUGGAUUCCAGGAUGCUCCAUUAUACAGAUGCUAGUAUGCACACCUUGCAGGAGUGUACCAACUGUUUUUUACCUUGAGAGAAGCAUGCAGGAUGUAGAGGAGCUCAGAAUCCUCAAACAGACUUACACUGGCACAUAGGACUUGCAGGAGUCCAACAUCUUGUACCUGGAGAGAAGCAUGUGGGACCUAAAAGAGUGCCGUCUACUGCAGGCAACUGUAGCACACCAAUAGGAUACUGGUACUUCAGAGCAUGGAGGACCUGUAAGUGCCCAGCAUUCUCCUGAUAUUAGCAUGUUGUGCCACAGUAAAGAUGAGCUUACAGAAUAACUGUUAUAGAUGCUGCAGUCUCUGCAUGAUGUAUAUUGAUGGGUCCCAUGCAGACACAUACAUCCAUUAGGUUUAAUGAUUCCUGCCUACCUUAUCCCAGGUAUUUUAUUUUAUUUAAGAUGCACAUUGGCCCUAUGUCCCUACUCCAUUGUUCCUUGCAGGCUCAGUAUUUCACCAUUUACCAGCUCCCCAAUUUACAUGGUUCUUUGAUGUCAUGAGAAACAACAGAAAUGCUACUUGCCUGUCAAAAAUCAUAGAUUUCCUUAUUGAUUAUAUUUUCAAAGUUGCUGUUAAUAAACUGCCUUAUGCAUAAGAGAAAUGCCCCUUUUCAGUGUCCAUUGCAGAAAUGGUUUUCUAAUACUUAAUACUCAUUUAUAAUAAAUGGUUUUCUAAUACUUAAUACUCAUUUAUAAUACUUACCACAGAAGGCCACAUCAUGCUCAUCCUUUGGUAUAAUUGUGAGGGAGGCAAUCAUAUAAAGCCAAUUUAAAAUUCAAAGUGAGGAGAAGGAAUUAUGAUUACAAAAUAUUUAUCUGCAAAUAGAAAAUACUUAGCCAUUGUAUUCUGAACUUUUACACAACUUUCAAAAAUGAAUACAAAAACAGCUUGCUACAGUAAAGGUAUUUUUAUGUUUUGGUUAAGGUAGAAAGUCAAAACUAAUACACUGGAUUUAUGCAGAACUCCUAUCAAAACAGUAACGUAAAAUACACAUAAUUAUAAAUGUACCAAAAUGCAACCAGAAACAGAAUGUAAGGUCUGUGGCAUUUAAUGGAUUAUGUGCACCUGUCCUGCAGUCAAUUUAUGGGGCUUGGAAAGUCUUAAGCCCUGUGAUCUUUCUAGUUCAGAACCUCUGGGUUUUUUGUAGCUACAUAAUGUGUUUGAAUUGAUGAAUACUAAAGAAGGAUAUUAUAUUACAUAAGUGGAUUGGCUGAAUAUAAUGCCCCUUUUAAUAUAACCAGUUUCAGCAUCCAAUACAAUGUCUGGCAAAUAUAGGUCGAUAACAUGCACAAUAACCAGAAUGAUGGCUGAGUAGUUAAGAUUUCUGCUGCACAGCUCCAUUGUCCAGAGUUCAGUCCUGAAGUAUUGUUGGUGUCUGUGUGGACAUUGCAUUUCUCCUGAUGACCCCAUAUAUUUUCUACAGGUACUUCUGCUAUUCCUCCUAUAACUCGAUCUGAUGUGCUUCACCCUUUAAUCCUAGGUCAGAUACCCUCUCUUUCCUUUUGUCUAGUCUAUGAAUCUGAGCAACUCACUUAGCUAGACAGUGUGUGUGGGUCACCCUUGAAAAUAAUCUUUAGCCUAGUGGAUUUACUCAUUUAACAAAUUAAUAAAAAUAUAAGCAGUAAAACAUGAUACGAUAUUCAUUAUGAAGUCCUAUUGCAUGGCUUGAGGAGGCCAGAAUCUAUGACCAUUCCAGCCCAUCUAACCAUAUAUUAGAGAGCUAAUAUACUUGCUUUGAAUUCCUUAUUGUUCCAAUGAACUCAACAGCAGGGAUUGCAGUUAAAUUAAUUCAUAAAUGUACAGGCCAGUUCUGUUUUGUACACUUAAUAGGCAAACAGAUUUCUGAAAAACAAUUGCUAGCUUUAUUACAUAGUACACAGUAUAAACUAUGCUUUUAAGUGUGUCAUUCUAGAAAAAUGAGAUUAAUUUAAUGUCUGGGAUAUGAUUUUCUUCGGAUGAUCAUAAAACAGGCACAAGUAACCUAUUUUUGUAAGUCAGAAUAUUACGGGUGUUUAAAGCAAUGUACUAUAAAUUCAGAAAUCAUUAUGACUUCCUAUUAUAUUUUGAUUAUGUUUGCUAGAAGGAUGAAGAAUUUUGGAAGGGACAAAUGUAGUAACAUAAGUUCUGACUUUAAACUGUUAAGAUGGAAAAAAAUCUCAAAUAUCAUGAGAGAGUGACCAAUUUUCUGCUUAAUGUUAUGCUUAUAGAAAGAGGAAGAGAAAUCUCCCUUUAACCUCCUAAACAGAACUGCACUUUUCUGGAGAUAUUAUCUAAAUAAUAAUAUUAAUACCUAUAAAUCAGUAACAACCAAAACAUUCUUGACGACAUAUUUGUUAUGAGGAACUCUGCUGGCUCAGUAAUAACAAAGUUUAUCGCUAUUUGAUAAAUGAACUAUCUAUCAUUUAUAUUUUUUGUCUUCCAGAUGAAUAAUGCCCUGUUUUUUUUACUUGGUUUAGUGACUGGUUAAGCCUCGUUCUCACAUACAUAGUGAGUUAAAACUAAUUAGCUAAGUGUGUCAUAUUAAGAUAUACUUUAGCAUGAUUCAGUCAGUGAUAAGCAUACUUAGUUAUGUUGCAAUUCUGUGCCUUGCUAAUGCUCUAUAAAAUGAGAAAAAUGGAUUUUACUUAGUUAUCAUGUAUGUGAAAAAUAAAUUUAACAGAAAAGUAAUAAUAAUAAUAAUAAUAAUAACAAUAAUAAUAAUAUAACCUAGCAUAACCUGUUUGUGAGUAAAGCUGUUACCGCGUAACUAGAAAAAAAAACAGGAUCUACCAGAGUGCAUUUUCUCCAAAUAAGGCCCUUCAUUUCUUACAUUCUGCAAACUCUGCCUUUUGUAACAGAACAUUAAUUUUUAAAGGUUAAUCAGUUUAUGACACAAUGAACAUUGAACAGAUCUUUUAGUUUGAUACUGCCAUAAAUGUGUAAUGUUUCUUUAUACCUGAGAUGCUGUGCUUUUGAAGCUGAAUUCAGUAAUGAGAAAAUACAGGUAGAACAACUGUAUAUGAUGGGUUAUAACCUUUCCUAUUUCCACUGGAGGAUCACCACAUUCAAAGAAUUAAAUGAGACAAUGUGAGUUCUAUGACUUACUGUAGUGAAUUCAGGAAAUCCACCACAGCAAAAUGUGUGCAACAGAAAAUAAACACACCCGUAUCAUAUGAAAAUGAUCCAUGUUGCAGAGCAGUUUGAAACUGUCAUUCUACCCUAUUCUGCCAAAUCUCACAUUCCAUCUUCUGCCAGUGUUUUCUCAUGGUCGCUUUUUAUAAUCUCGUUCAUUUUUCUUUCACUGAUGUUGUUCAUAAAGUUUUGAUAUUUCUAUUGUUACUCAUCAUUCCAAAAUAUAAAAGAGCAUAUACAGCUACCCAUUAUCUUUUCCCCACUAUUUUAAUUAAAGGUAUUCUUAUUACCCUGCUCUCCAUGCACAAGUCAUGUGCCCCCUCUUCUACAAACUGUUGUAUAUAUAUUACAAUCUACACUUACUUAAAUUAUUGUACAAAGCUGCACAGUUCCUCAUUGCGCCACCCGUAGUAUAAACAUCCCCUGCUUCAGCACUAUGUCAUUGAUACACCACAGCAGUUCUUUUCAUUCUGUUCUGGUGAUGUCGGGUUAAACCUGGCUGGUGAAGUAAAGCUCUGGCAGGUGAUGGUGAUUGGCUUUUUUACUUCAUGCCACAACCCACCAUUCCACAGGACGCCAGUGAGUAGCAAGAUGCUCCUGCACAUACACACACACACACACACACACACACACACACACACACACACACACACACACACACACACACACACACACACGUACUGUUAUGGCUAUCUGCAUAUUUGGCUGUUCACCAAGUCUCUCAUACUGAACUACACUCUAUCCGUAUGUUCUAGUAAAUAAGCUAUGCUUGUCCUGUCCCAUUGGCCUCUGCAAGAGGCCAUACAUUUAUUGCAGGAAAUCUCAUCCACUACUCAUAUAAAGGUGAGCAGUGUUAUAAUUCACUCCCUCCUUCUUUUUCUGUUACAUCCUUAGGCACGAUGUCUACAGCUCAAAACUGGGACAUCCGUGAUAUGCUCAGCACUCAAAGCCUCUGUACCAGUAAAGCAAAGGAGUGAGUUUACUUUUAUUUAAGUACAAGACACAUUGCUUUUCUACAUAUAAGCAUGCUCUGUUCCUCUGAAAAAAUGUUACAAUAUUUUUGUAAUACAGUAAUGAAAAUGGAAUGUACAUAUAGAAAAUUAUUUUAACUAUAUAGCCACUAAAAGCACAUGUCUUUCGGUUCUGUGCUUCACCACAUGUUAUGCAGUAACAUCUGUUGCAUGUGGACAACACUGCGUCUUAUUUUCUGCAUAACAGAUUGCCUAAUCAUGUGCUUUUGGUCCAAACAGUGUUUUUUUUCUGUUUGCUUGGACCCAUUAGUAUCCAGCAUUAGAAAAAAUAUGCAAGCAGUCAAAGUCUUUUUCUCAUCUUUGUUACAAAUUGCCCCUGUGUUAGAACAUACAAAUCAGGAACAGCAGAAGAAUUGUUCAUGCCAUUAUUUUUUAAUGUGAAAAUGAAAUCUAAUGCUUCAUCUUAAUGUAAUGAAGACUAUGUGCAGAUUAAAUAAUUGUACAGAGCUAAGAAUUUUUGGUACAUUUUAACUUGUGCUGUUCUUAGUAAGCACAAUGCCAUUACAGAAAUCUUAUCUGUCGUUCCUGUUACUAAUAGCUUUGCACAUAUUUGAUGUGGGAAACACUUUUCUCUUCAUAUGCAGAGAUUAGUUUUCUCUGUUUACUUACCAAGUUCUGCUGUACUGUGGAGAUUUAUAGACAAUGACAUCCAUUUUAAAUAUAUUUUAAAUGUAACAUAGCUAAUGGUAUAGGAAGGACAUCAUAACUGGAUACAGCCAAGAAAUGUAUUAUAAUUUGGACAGCAGAAGACAUAUGAAUACUAAUGUCAGGUUUGACAGUAGGUGUUAUUUAAUAUGCCUCCUUCUGAAAGCCUAAAUCUAUGAAUCAGGACUGAAGUUUGCUAUGUUUUCUCUCUCAGGUUUACUGUUGGAUACACAUUUGAGUUUUACUGACGAUGUGGCAUUUAAUGAGAUAAAAUGUUGAAAUUAAUUUCUUCCCAUAAUGGAAACUUGUAACUUCCUUCUCUGUACAUUCAGAACUGUUGUCACACAUGGUUGUAUUUUCUCUGUGUGUAAAAAGGACCUUUUAGUAUGACUUUAAAAUGUUUAUUGCAUUAUUUGUUUAAUUAAACAUAUGUAAACUAUUCCUACUAAGUCCGAAUUGUAUAGAUUUAUGUUCAUUUUCAUUUCUAAAUGAUAAAGCAGGAAGAAGUAAUAAAUUUAUUGAAUGUAAUUAUUUUUUUCAGAAUAAAACAAUGAAUUUGCUUAAGAAGUCUGUACAUUUGCUUUACUUAAACUGACUUGUAUAUUUGUCCAACAGAUGCUACAUUUGCUGCUUACAAUGCAGCAAAUCUAGUGGGGUUCUUUUACAAUGUCUACAAUGUCACAUAAUGCAACAAUCCUAUUUCAAGUCUGAAUAGUUAGAAAACAAACAACUUUUGUUCAGAUAAAACAAUGUGAAUCCUUUAAU